UGUGUGUGUGUGUGUGUACGAUGACGUAAUCAAAACAAACAGACGACGGCGGGACCAUUAUAUUUUCCUGUUUUGUGUUUUAUACUUUUGAUUUCUUCCUGAACGGACGUGCGGGGUUCCGGCGGCGGGUCGAGGAUGACCAACACUGCGGAGGUGUUCAUGAAGAAGCGCCUACAGAAGGAGCUUAUGUCUUUGCUGAAGGAGCCUCCGCCGGGCGUGACUGUGGACGUUGACCAAGCACACACCAAACUGACUGAGUGGGUGGUGCACAUGGAAGGCGCCGCCGGAACUCUCUACGAGGGAGAAAAAUUCCAACUCCAGUUCAAAUUCUCACCCAAAUACCCGUUUGACUCGCCUGAGGUGAUCUUCGUGGGUGAAAACAUUCCCAUCCAUCCCCACAUCUAUUCCAACGGACACAUCUGCCUCAGCAUCCUCACGGAAGACUGGUCCCCGGCUCUCUCUGUGCAAGCCAUCUGCCUUUCCAUCAUCUCUAUGCUCUCUUCAUGCAAAGAAAAGAAGCGACCACCAGACAACAGCUACUAUGUCAAGACCUGUAGUGCCAACCCUAAGAAGACCAAGUGGUGGUAUCACGAUGACACAGUAUGAUAUGAUCUCAGAGGCUCCGCUUGACCUCACCCGCUGCUCACCGUGGCCCUGGGUCGCCGCCUCAGCCCCGUGGUGACUUGCAAUAAUGUUAAAGAAUGUGAACAAUCGGUGCUGAAUGUAUAAGGAUGUAUAAGUGUUUUGAUAAGGACUCACUCCUUGUAUGGAACCUGCAUUUCUGUGGAAGUGGUCUUCUCACUGGAAAAUAUAUACAUAUAUACAUACCACAACUUUGAAAUUCUUAGCCAUCUGUUUACAGCAACUACAAGAACUUAUGGGCCUUAUAAGGAUUAUAUCUCAGCAUUGCAUAAUUUAUCAUAUAAGUAGAUAUCCAUGAGACCUUAGAAAAUGUCCAACUCCUGGUUGAACAACACCUGCGAGCCAGCAAGAGUCACAAAGCCACCACUGCACACUGAGAUGCUGCCCCCCCUCCAUGGCACCCCAGCCCCGGUGGUGGUGGUGCUGCAGGGGAGUGCUGCCAACACUCCUCCUGAAGGGGCUGCAACCCUCAAACUGAAGAGAAGGGAAUGUGUCAACCUAGAAUUCUUUCUUUAUAGGUAUUAUUGUUCUGCAGUAUUGUAAUUCAUGAAAAGGACCACAUGAAACAAUGAUACCUAAGAACUUGUAUGAUGUGUAAUUCUGCUUUCAAGAGAAGUUACAGGAAAUCACCUAUACAUAUGUGUAUUUCCAUUAUUCAUUGUUCAUAUUUUCAUCUUUAAUUCCAUGUACUUUUCUGCUCUAUGGUGCUGCAUCUCCUGAUUUGUCUCCCUCUGUCUCCAUUCUUGGUAUUUUCUGCCCCUCUCUCCCUCUCUUGCCUUCCCCCACUUGCUGAGAAGCAUUCCUUUGAUCAGCCCACCUCAAUGUUUGUUCCUCAUCACUGCACUUGCUGAUCAUCCUCAUAUUUAUUUUUUUGUGACAACCUGUAUUUAAGAUACUUUGUGAUAACUUACACUACACUGGAUGCUGCCUUGUAUUCACCUGCACCAUAUUGGUGCACAUAUUGUGUUACUGUAUGUAGUAUUGGCAUAAUUUUCCCAUGUGAUAAGAUAUGUUUCUCCUUCCACUUACUCUUUAUUUGAAAAAAAAAAGUGUGUGUGUGUCCUUGUCCUCUUUGGUUUUGUAGGUUUUGUUCAUUGAUUCUUAUUUGCAUAAUGUGUGUCUUGUGUUGCUGCUUUAGAUUCUCCUGAGCUGGAUCUCUGUCCAGUCCUAAGACUUGUAUGUGUAUGGUUUGAAAAUGUGGUUCAUCAUUGAAGGAAUUAAUCACAGUGACUUGCAUUUUUAAAGCUUUCUUUUCCUUGCUAAUAUGAAGAAGUCUUUAAAAUCUUGUAUCAUUUCCUCCACUGCUGGCUUGAGCAUUUUCAGACAUAAUCUUGUGACCUGGGUUAGUACAUGAAUAUUGUUGUAUCCCUCAGAAAUAGUAAGUAUAAGUAAAUGAUCACUUUCAGCAUGUUGAUUUAUAGAAGUCUUUUAAAUUAAGGGUGGAUGGCAUCCCCCUUGAUUACUCAAAAUCAAAUAACAAUAGAGCAUAGUUUGUAUAGAAUCUUCAUAAGAUAAUCUACACUACCUCCCCUUUCCUACACCACAACCAUUGUUGCAGUGUUAAUGCUUUCAACCACACAUCUUCCUUCCAUCAUGACAACAACUAGAAAGUAAUCCUUACAGUCUUCUCUUGUGUUUCAGUCAGAGAGCUCUAUUAGUGCCCACUUACAUCUCUCUCUCACAAAGACAAUAUAUAUACCUAUAUACAAUAUACAGACACACACACACAGCCUCCAUGGAAAGUAUUAAACCAGUUUUAUUGCAACACAAUGGAUAAAUGCCCUAAUGUUGUCUGUCCAGCAUUCCAUCACUCCAUGCUGCGGCAGGCAGCUGAGCCACUGUGUGCCCAGCAGUUGUGCACAAUCCACUAAGCCUGAGAACACUGCUGAAUGCUGCCGCGGUUGUCCCUGCUGUCAUAGAGGAAGAAGAGGCUGCUGCUUGCUUGCCCAGCCAGUUUUACUGUUUUGCGUUUGGUUGUGUUGUAUGCUGUAGUGCUUUGAGAAGUGUUGACAUAGAAUCAAAGGAACUUAUGAAAGAAGAAAAGACAGACAGCUGUACAGGCAAACUAACAAAUACCAAAGUAGUAGUGAAUAAGAAGAAAAAGUAGAAGCUUUUUUAACAAGCAAACUUGACCUUCUAAACAGGAAGCUCAUUACUUUCUGUGGAGGCUGUAUAUAUAUAUAUAUAUAUAUAUAUAUAUAUAUAUAUAUAUAUAUAUAUAUAUAUAUAUAUAUAUAUAUAUAUAUAUAUAUAUAUAUAUAUAUAUAUAUAUAUAUAUAUAUAUAAGUUAGGUUUCUAUCUGAAAGCACACAUGGACAGUUGUUUGUCUUGUUAACAUACAAGUCAUUUUAUAAUUCUGUAAAUUACUGCUGUUUUCUUCCAUAUAUUCAGAAGUAAAGAGAUACUGUACAAUCUUUUUGGCAGAUGUGACAGAACAAAGAGCAGCGGUCACAUGCCUUACUGCAUCACUGCUACGAGCUGUGAGUUGUGGUGGCAGGCUCCCACUCCUCCCUUGCUCUCAACAGUACAUGGGAUCACCUCCACAUACGCACGCACAUGUACUUGGCAUAUCAUUAGGUAGAAAGCAAAUUUGUAUUUAUGUAUUAGAGAAUGGCCUUUCCAUACCAAGCUGGAAUGAGGAGUCAGCAGACAUAUAUACAUACUUACCCAGGUGGUCAGGUAUUUUGUAAUGAGUGAUGCGCCCAGUAUUUCCACAGUAGUUUUCUAGGGACCUUAGGGUAAAACUGUUUGUGAUAGUUAUGCUUCUCAAUUCCAGAUGCAAUGUGAUAUUCAUCAUACAUUUAUGUUAUUGCUCUUUGUAUGGUGGUGAAAGGAAUGAAAACACCAAGGUGAAAGUGCAAUGCUGUACUGUUAUUCCAUAUUGGUUUUGAGUGCAUUUGGUUCGUAGGGAAUGUUUAGGAUUCCAACAGGUACUACUUGGUGUUCAUCUUUGCAGAAAUGACUGGAAUUGCUAUCAGUUAUCUUCUUUUGAGCUGAGAUUGUAAGUGAUGUCAUUUCCUUGUGGUCAGUGCAGUGAGGAUCUUUCCUGCUGCUGCCACAAAAUUCAUUCCAAUUGGCUGAUGUGUAAUUUGCUUAUUCUAGUUCUUGCCAUUGUAUUUAUUGCAAAGAGUCAUGACUGAAUUAGCUAUUAGUUUAUGUAUUUUAAUAAUUGUUUCCUGUAAUCAAACAAAACAGAAGUGUUCCUUUGAUCACACAUUACACUUUAUUGUGUAUUUCAAAUCACAAUUGACUACAUUAAACUACUGAAAUGUUUAAAUCCUGAAACAAAGUCUGUGGCAGAGUAUACUGUUAUAGAAGCUUUUAUGGUUGUAUGACAUUGUGAACUUUGACAAGACAUUAUUGUAAUUGUCCUGUAAAGAAAAAAAAAACAAAAAACUGACAUUUAACUAAUUUCUCAUCAGUAUCACAUUCAAAUGGCCAGAAUCUUACUUCAUGUGUUAACUUUGCACUUGUGUUAUGCUGAGAUGCUGUUGUUCCUUACACUGUGCUAGGCUGUGGUGGUUCAUCCUGCAGUAGUUGAACAUGACUUACAAGACAGCCCAGUGUUGCACAAGUGUGAAGCCUGUUUAUUACCUAAGCCAGACGCACCCAGUCACUGAGCUGUAACACAAGCAGUGAAUGGGUUAGAUAUAUUAUAAAUGAAUAUAUUAAAGAUAAUCACAUGAAAAUUAUAUAGUAUUUGAAAUAUACCUAAUAGUAUUUACUUUAUUUGGGUUGGCGGUUUAUUUUGUUUCCUGUUUUUCCUAGUGCCUGUGGAAGAAUGAGUGGGAAGCAGUGGUGACUUCCCAGGUGUCCAGGUAGAGGUGUUCCUGGCAUUCCACCUGCUCUGUUCCCUGGGAGUAGUUUUGUUGAGCUCACCGCCUUGCCACUUGAGUGUUAUUAUGUGACUGCAUUCCCUUGUUUUGUAAAACGUAAUGGAUAUAGUACUUAAAAUGCAAAAUUUUUACAAAGAUACUACCUGGAAAAUAUUCUAAAAUUGAAAUCAUAUUAUUUGAAACAAGAAAUGAUGUAGAGUGCCCAUGCAUCUCUGCUUUUGUUCAUCCUUUAGAUAUGUUGUUGUUCAGAAAAAUUAUUUCACCAGUGACUCAUCAUUUGCAGGAAGGAUGCACCACAGAACAAAGCUUUCUUCUGUUUUAUUGGAUUAUGCUCCUGACAGAUUUGACAGCUUAUUCUAUUGUUCACAUUGCAUCAGUAAUGGAAAAAUCCAUAUUUCCUGUGUUUUAUGAUCGAGUAUGUUAAACUUUUUUAAAUAAGCAUUAUUUAUUUUCAUUCAGACAUUUCGACAAGCUUACUUAAUCGUUGCCAAGACUUACCCUCACUGUAGUACCUUAAAAAAAAAAAAAUUCCCUAAAAAUGAUCAAAAACAGAAAUGACUGAACUCAGUGAAGAUGGAAAUGAAAAUUUUUGAAAGGAAUCUUGUAAGCAUAGUUUUUCUGAGGCAUGACAGAAGCAUUACUUUGGCUUGGUGACAUCUGCUAGAUGUUUUUUGUGUAAUACUGGACAUCUACAUACAAGAUUAUUUUAGUGGUACAGUUCCUGAACCACAUAAACCGUCAUGGGUCUUGGAACACUGUAUUGGAUACAUUUUCUUUGAAUGUUAAAUUUGUUCUUAAUGUGUUUAGAAUUUGUGGCUUCUAAACAUAAUGAGGAAAAGAAUAUGCCUGGGUAUGGUGAGAGAUUUUGUCUAGGGAAGAAAUAGAUUUCCUCAGCACAUAGCAUGUUCCAUAACAUUAUGUGGUGAAAAUGAUAAUCAAAAAAAAAAAAAAAAAAAAAAAUCAGCUUUAAUAGUUCCAAUAUUCCCAACCAGUUCUUCAUGGCAGAGCUUCACUGUACAAGAGGCGUUUUGUGUUGGCAUUACUACGGCACAAAAGCUGAUGCUCAUGAAACCAUGUAGAAUACAAAGCUUCACCAACAGUUAACAAUUUUCUCAUCUGUAAGUUAUUCAUUCUGUAGUAUUCUUUUCCAUUUAGUUAGAUAUAAUUUAACAAUACUUUAUCUUUUGAGACACUAUAGAUGUUUAAUAACACUGAUGUUGUAUCACUUUUAUCUCUAUCUAAUGUAAAAAAAAAAAACACACAAAUGUAUUUGCUGUCUUGGCUGUAUCUGAUUUUUUUUAUUUAUUUAUUUAUUUUUUUUAUAUGAAGACAAGAUCUGUACUUACUUGCUGCAACAGCUCAGCUAAAGAUGACAACUUAGUAGUCAGCUGGCUAAAAUAAACUUAUAUGUACAAUGUUGCUACACAGCUCUGGUCUCUCAGAUUAGAUUGUGAGUGUUCUCACCUGCACAUGCUUCAGUUUGGUGGUGAUACUCAAAGGACACGAUAUUUAUCCGAAAAGGUCAUCUUCUUACCCUCAUCUUUAGUGUAGAAAAUUAAUUGCAAAUGAGAGACAUCCUUAUCUUUGGUUCUCAGUUGUGCACCUCAAGAAUUGAGCACAGGACAUCAGGGUACAAGUGUUCACUGAAAGGUGGCAUCACUAUGAGCUACUUGGCAAGAUGGGUUCAUAUAAACCACCAAGUCCGUACAUUGUAUCCCCUUAUGACAAGGAGCACCUCAUAAUUUCUUGCGUUACAUCAAUAACUGAAUCUUUGAUCCUCAGAAACUUGAACGUGACCAUGUUCAUAUUACUUUUUUUUUUUUUAUCAGGUCACUUCUAAUUCUGUUUGGGGUUUUCCUCAGUUCACUGGAGGAUACUAUCAAGUAAUGAUAGUCAACUCAAGAUUUCCUUAAGUAAUUUCAUGAUUUCUCUUUUGAAUGACAUUUUGUAGAGAUAAUGGAGAGGAUAAUGGUUUUCUAUAACAUGGUACGAAGUUACUGCAGUGUCAUUCACAAUGCCACAUUAUCAGGACAAUCCACUGUACUCAGUGGGACUCUGACAUGCUGUUUCCCAUGCUAGUGGAAGCUUUGGAAUACCUCAAGUACCACAGACUCCACUGAAGACCUGUUGUAACCUACUUAGUUCACUUAUUUUAGUAGGUACUGUGUUAAAUGAAAUUUCAUGAAACGAUUGUCAUUGAAUCCACAAAAAAUAGGUUAGUAAUAAUCACUGGGUUGAAAUUCUCAAAUGCAAAAUAAAAGAUUGAGUAAUAUUGUGUAUUCAAUUUAUAUAUUUUCAUCUCUCUAAACUGAUUGAUUUGUUUGUUUAUAUAUCUGCUUUUAUAUUUUCCACCAUUGUGCAUUUUUCAUACAGCCUGAGCAAUGAGUGAAUACAGAACACACACACCAGUACAGCACCAUGCUCUGGGCAAUGUUGUCUGUCACCAACACUCCAGACAGUGUUGAGUGUCACCAGUUAAGAGUUUACUUGUGUAUAAUGAGGUCACUAUUUGCCAAGAAAAUAAUUCUAUAUUUAGACAGCAGCUGAUAUGUUUUACCAUACUGUUUACUUUCUGCAUAGCACUGUAAGUGUGGCAGGCCAGAGGUGGUGGCCAAGAAAUGUGAUUUACUGUAUUGAAAUACUUUGAGUAUCUAUAUACAAACUGCAAAUACUACUUGUUAUGUAUUGUUAUGGGCAUCAUAAGUAAAGGCAUUUGACAGUAGAAGAGCUCAUGAGUUAUCAAUGUGCAUCUCAGACUGAUGAGAUCCUGUACUAUGUAGCAUUGGGUGAAUGCUAAAAUAAAAAAAAAUAUUACACUGCCUA